AUGUCUUCUUCCGUCCACUUCUUCCCGGCCGCCUCGCAGGCUCCCACCGCCGCCUGCCUCCUCAGGCCCUCCCCCAAACCCCUCCUCCACAGCCCCAUCUCGGCCGCCACCGCCGCCGCCUUCCAGCUCCGGAGCGCCCCGCCGCGCCUCCGCCUCAGGAGGCGGACUCGCGCUCGCACCGCCCCGCAAACGCCGCCCGAAGCGCCUCCCGUGGGCCCCGACCCCGACGGCGGGGGCGGCGGGGGAGGGGAGGGCGGCGGUGGAGGCGGCGGGGACGGGGACGAGGAGGGCGAGAGGCAGGGGCUGCUGCCCGAGUGGCUCACCGUGACGACGGAGGACGCCAAGACGGUCCUGGCCGCCGUCGCCAUCUCGCUCGCCUUCCGCGCCUUCGUCGCCGAGCCGCGGUUCAUCCCCUCCCUCUCCAUGUUCCCCACCUACGACGUCGGCGACCGCAUCGUCGCCGAGAAGGUUACAUACUACUUUAGGAAGCCUUGUGUAAAUGAUAUUGUUAUAUUCAAAAGCCCGCCAGUGCUACAGGAUGUUGGGUAUACUGAUAAUGAUGUUUUCAUCAAAAGAAUAGUUGCCAGGGCUGGAGAUACUGUUGAGGUUCAUAAAGGAAAACUAGUUGUGAAUGGUGAGGCUAGGAAUGAAGAAUUCAUUCUUGAGCCACCUACUUAUGACAUGAACCCAGUGCAAGUGCCUGAAAAUGCAGUCUUUGUAAUGGGGGAUAACCGAAAUAACAGUUAUGAUUCCCAUGUGUGGGGUCCUCUUCCUGCAAAGAACAUACUGGGACGAUCUAUUUUCCGGUACUGGCCACCUGGUCGAAUAGGGUCGACUACCCGUGAUUGCUUUGGCCCUGAAACAAAACCAGAUUCACGCAUUGAUGUCAAAUUGACAAAGUAG